AUGGCAACCGGAAGGCUAAAGUUUCAGAGGAGAACGUCGUAUGACAUUAAAGGAAAGAAAACUGACAGAAUGGAGACUGCCUUGAGGGAGAAAGAGAAGGGAAACGAAUUCUUUGUGAAAGGAAACUAUGCGAAAGCAAUUGAAUAUUACACGAGAGCUAUGGAACUUGACCCAAAAGAGCAUACUUUUCCUAUAAACCGUGCAAUGGCUCACCUCAAGCUCAAAAAAUAUGCCGAAGUAGAACGUGAUUGCACAAUCGGAUUGAAAUUGCAUCCUGACAAUGCGAAAGCGUUUUGGCGGCGGGGCGUAGCCAGAAGAGAACAAGGGAAACUUGAUGAAGCAAAACAAGAUCUUCAGCACGCCCUCGAUCUAGAACCGAACGAGAAUUCUGUAAAACAAGAGUUGGCCAAAGUCAUCGACGCUUUGAAACAGAUUGAGCAACCAUCAGAGACUUUGCCCGUUGAAUCGGAUCAAAAAUCAAAAGCUGCGCCAGUCCCUCCGAGAAGACGAUUAGAGAUUGAAGAAGUUGAGACUGACGACUUUGGUGAUGAAACUCUUGCUGAUGGCAAAGCAAAUGGUGACACAAAGGGGAUUGUUGAAGCAUUGGUGGAAAAAAAAGACGAUAAAGUCACCGAGUCGACAAAUUCAAAGGCGUCCAACAUUAAAAUACAAAGCGACGUCGCUGAUCAGACGCACAAGGAAACUCUUACCGAGACGAAAGUAGACGUGACAAAAAAGCCGCAACAACGAAAUGACUUUCGCAUUCCGAAAACAAUACUCGAGUUUCAACAUGAUUGGUCACAAUAUUCGCAAUCGGAUGAUGAUUUGUACAAGUACAUAAAGGCCAUUCCACCGCAAAAACUUUCUAAAAUUCUUGGUGUAUUCCUCGAGACCGAAUACCUUGCCAGUAUAGCACGCAUACUGAGAGAUAAAUAUGAUAAUGCAAAGGAUAUAUACGAUGUUCUGUAUUGGCUGAGUAAAACCGAUAGACUUUCGAUCGCAGCAUCACUGCUAAAGCAAGACGACAGCAAAGUAUUGACGGAUGUUUUUGAACGUUUAAUUCCAAAAGCAAAUGAAGUUGGGUUAAAUCGGGAUGACAUUAUGCAAUUAUCAAAAUCUUUUAAAAUUUCCAUUGGAUGA